AUUGUCUAUUUUACAGGAGGGGGACGUACCAUCUGCCAAAAUGUCUAGCAAAAGAGCCAAGGGGAAGAACACCAAGAAGCGUCCUCAGCGGGCAACCUCCAAUGUGUUUGCUAUGUUUGAUCAGUCUCAGAUCCAGGAGUUCAAGGAGGCCUUCAACAUGAUCGACCAAAACAGGGAUGGAUUUAUUGACAAAGAAGAUCUUCAUGACAUGCUAGCCUCAUUAGGUAAGAAUCCCACAGAUGAAUACCUGGAAAUCAUGAUGAACGAAGCCCCGGGACCAAUCAAUUUUACAAUGUUCCUGACAAUGUUUGGAGAGAAGCUGAACGGCACAGAUCCUGAGGAUGUGAUCCGGAAUGCUUUUGCCUGUUUUGAUGAAGAGGGAACUGGUAUUAUUCAGGAGGAGUACCUGCGGGAGCUGCUUACUACGAUGGGAGACAGGUUUACAGAUGAAGAAGUGGACGAGCUUUUCCGUGAGGCUCCUAUUGACAAGAAAGGCAACUUCAACUAUGUAGCAUUCACACGUAUUCUGAAACAUGGUGCAAAGGACAAAGAUGACUAGCACAUCAUUAAACAAGGCUUAAUGUUCACAUCAUGAGUAUCUUUAAUGGGUCUUUCACUUAAGUUAGAACAGCUUAAUCCUGUUAUUUAUGACAGUACAUGAUUCUGGUAUACCUCACUGACAGUCAUUUGUAUAAGCUAACUGUUGGACCCCUUUUUCAUUCUCUCAACUCUUACAAAGCUUAUUUGCACAUCUAUGAUCACAGCACUGAGAGUCUUAUUAGCUUUUAAAGAUGUAUAAUAAAGACUCCCAAGGGUAAAACUGGAAAUAAACUGAAACAAGGUGUGUGUUAUUGUGACUAAUUUGGUGCCACCAAAUGUGUAUUUUGUAGACAAUUAAAGUCCCUGACAUUAAAUUAC